GCGGGCGUUCGUUUGGGCGGGCGGUUCGAAGCUCCGGCUCCAGAGCAGAGACCGCGCGGGUUCCGAGCUCACCGCGGCCUGAGGGGACGGGGUAGCAGUAACAUUGAAUCUGAGAAAUGGAGAGUGACAUUUAUCAAGUUUUUGAAGAUGAAAUUCAUUCUUUGGAAGAAGAAAUUGAACUGUUAACUCAAAAGUUUGAAAACAAACAAGAAUCUACAUUUUAUUCUGAUGAAGAGAUACAAAUAUCAAUAAAAUCACUCCAAGGAGAAUCUACGCAACAUGAAUCCCCACCGGAUCUGAAAGCUGAACUUGAUUGCUUAGAAUCUGACCUCUCUUUUUUAAUGAAAUUCACUGGCAUUUGGUUCACAAAUUACUCCAAGGAAACAGUGGAAAAAACUGAAAACAAAACUAUACAGAAGCACAGAUUAUCAGGAAAUUGCUAUUCACUGCCUUUUCAGAUGGAAUUUCAACUUCUAGAAAUACAGAGUAAUGAAAGCAUAUCUGCUGCUGUUACCGACCUUAGCAUUAUAAUGGAAUGUGGUGAAUAUUCGGAUUUAAGCAAGUUUGUGUCCAGUGCCGAAGAACGAGGAAACCUUUUGCUAUUUUUCAGAAGCCUUUCAUCCUUUGCUGAGUGGUGUGAACAUCGCAAAUGCACCUUCAGACAUUUCAAGGCCAAAUAUCCUGAUAUUGUAACACUUCCUGAAGGACCGUCUGGAGAUUACCUGGUUAUAAGGAGCCCUGAACUUUCUGGGUUUGAGUUAAUGAUUGUUUGGAAAAUAUAUGUGGAUGAAGAAGGGAGAGUUACACCUGUCCUGGAUCUUCUGCCUCGAAUACCAGUGCAAGCUGUGGAGGAUAAGCAAGCAGCUGUUGAAAAUGGACCUCAGUGCUUCAGAAAUAUGCUCCUUUUGCUGGGGAUUGAGGCCUCCAUUGAAAGUCUGAUCAAAUCAGUUGGCAUGAAGAAAUGAAUACCCCUUAAACUAGUAAAAUUUGGAAAUUCUUUUUAAUUAUGAUAUUGAGUUAUGCAGUCUAUAAUUUUAUUGAAUAUAAACAUUAAGUUAUUUUCCAUUUAAAAACCAUACCCAUAAAACAUGCUAUCUGUACAAUUAUGGCACGUUAUAUAUAAAUUGUCAUGACAUGAAAAAUAAAUACAGCAAUUUAAAUACAAAAAUGCCAAAUAAAAUAAUUACAGAGUGAAUUUCAUCAUAAAUUUAAAUUUCUGAAUUAA